CAAAAUCAUCGUCAGCAAUCGGUCGAAAAUCCAUUAAAGAAACCCAAAGUUUUUGACGAAAUUUUUAGUUUAUUUGUAAAGAAAAAUUGUAUUUAUGUGUUGCGAGUCCCGUUAGAAAUGUAAAAAAAUGUUUGGUGCUAAGCAUAACAUUCAAAAAGACUUGGCAGAACUUCGACAACAAAUUGUGGAAAAUAGUUUGGAGCUGCAAGCAGUAACCCAAGAUAUUCUCGCUUGCAAAGGACCCCGUUCCGAGCUGGAACACCUCAAUGAAUGCGGACGUGCCAAAAUUAGUGCAUUAAGGAAAUGUAUCGAGCGCCUAGAUGACUACUCGUCGGACCUAAGUGAUCCCCAAAUUUACAAAGAAGUUAAUUUACAUCGAGAAAGUUUUAGCAAAUCAUUACAAGCUUUCCGCAAAGCCAACAUCCAGACAAUGUUAGAAAUAGAGAAAACUGAUCGUGUCGACUUACUGGCGAGUGUGUCAAAAGUUGUGGGCGGCAACGAGACAGACGGAACGCGACAUCGCACGGGAGCUGGUUUGGCAAAGAAGGCGGGCGUCGUGUCACAGCAUGAGAGUGUCACGGAAAAAAUGCUUUCGAUAUCGCGGCAUUUGUCAGACACGACACAGAAGAGCGCCGCCACACUCGAAACUCUAGUCGCGUCCAGUGUCAGUGUCGAAGGCACGAGCGAAGAGCUCCAAAAUACCGCCGGCACCAUCCAACAGUCCGGCAAAUUGCUCAAAAAGUACGGAAGACGCGAAUGCACGGACAAGAUUUUACUUUUUUUCGCAUUUUCCUUUUUUAUUGCCUGCGUCAUUUACAUCGUGCAAAAAAGACUCUUUUAA